AUGGAUCUGGAUACCGACAAUCCCAAGGUGUUCCUUGAGAUCGAGAUCGGAGGGGAACCGAUUGGCAGAAUAGUCAUAACAUUGGCAGCAGAUGUUGUGCCAAAGACUGCAGAAAAUUUUCGAUGUCUCUGUACUGGCGAGCGGGGAGUGGGGAGGUCGGGAAAGAAGUUGCACUUCAAAGGCAGCAAGUUUCACAGAGUCAUCCCUGACUUUAUGUGCCAGGGAGGGGACUUCACAGCAGGGAAUGGGACUGGCGGUGAAUCAAUCUAUGGGCCAACGUUCGAUGACGAGAACUUCAUCCUGAAGCACACUGGGCCUGGGGUGCUCAGCAUGGCGAACGCAGGCGCCAACACCAACGGGUCACAGUUCUUCCUCUGCACAGCCCAGUGUCCUUGGCUGAAUGGAAAGCAUGUGGUGUUUGGGAAGGUGACAGAGGGAAUGCCGGUGGUGAGGAAGAUGGAGGCUUGCGGCUCGAGCUCCGGUCGCACGCGUCAGCCGGUAGUCAUCGCUGACUGCGGCGAGCUGCCAACAAGGCGCCAGGUGCUUGCCAAGCUGGCGGCCGAGAAGCAGAUGCUCGCUGACAUGAAGAAGGACGUCGUCCAGGUGCACUCAUUAGGCUGUUAUCAACGUCAUUUUUUAUGUACUAUGGAUGUUGUUCUUACACGCUGUUCCUGCCAGUGGCAAGAUGCGCCUCAAAUGUGCCAACUAGGCACGCGGUUUAGGUAA